AUGAGUCUCGCUUCUCGACAACGAAACGAAAGCGUUCUUGUCUCGAUCGAACUGAGUCGGUCCUCUCGAGCCGCGCGCGCGCACGCAUACGCACCAGAGAAGACAAAGGUCGAGACCGACUGCAAGAUGCAGAUUUUCGUCAAGACCCUCACGGGCAAGACUAUCACCCUUGAGGUGGAGUCUUCCGACACCAUCGACAACGUCAAGUCGAAGAUCCAGGACAAGGAGGGCAUCCCCCCCGACCAGCAGCGCCUGAUCUUUGCUGGCAAGCAGCUCGAGGAUGGCCGCACCCUGAGCGACUACAACAUCCAGAAGGAGUCUACCCUCCACCUUGUUCUCCGCCUGCGUGGUGGUGGCAAGAAGCGCAAGAAGAAGGUCUACACCACCCCCAAGAAGAUCAAGCACAAGCGCAAGAAGACCAAGUUGGCCGUCCUCAAGUACUACAAGGUCGACAAGGACGGUGGCAUCGAGCGCCUCCGCCGCGAGUGCCCUGCUGACACUUGCGGUGCCGGUGUCUUCAUGGCCGCCAUGGCCGACCGCCAGUACUGUGGCCGUUGCCACCUUACCUACGUCUUUGACAAGCAAUAA